CAAAGAGGUAGAGGGGCUCAAUUUUUGUUUAAAAUCAUCAAGAACAGCACUUGUAUCAUGCUUCUCAAAACGUGUAAAAAACAAAUUCAGGUCGUUGACCAAUAAAUUACCAUCAACGUCCUUCACCGUUCCUUGCUUCGGUAUACUUAUCCGCCAUAUGUUCUUUAUCCCAUGCCAGACUGCCCUCAUAUCACCUUGAACAAAGUUAUUUUCUAUUUUGUUUUUGUAAUUUAGUUUAGCAUAUCUGAUUGUUCUUUUAACCUCCUUGUUGAUCAUUCUUUUCUGAUGUCAAAAAUUGGUCUUGGACAGCAUAAUAUUAUCUAACCCACUAGAUGGCAUUCACACCCAAAAUAGUAAUUUCAUACUUCCUCAGAAAGCGUCUUUUUAAAUUGUUAUGGUUGACACAAAGUUCUGUUGUAGUUUGUGAAAUAUUAUAACGAUUAUUUAAUUUGGGAAUAAGCCGAAAAAUAUAACACUGAGAUAGAAAAUAAAAGCAGAGACUUAAUUAUUUCUGUAAUAAAUCAAAGAUGUUAUUCUCCAAGCUUUGAGGGAAGGCGAUUGUGACGUAUGUGGCUGUGCUUUCUUCUGAUUGGCUGAAAGUUCUGUUGAGCACGUCCAUUAUAAAAAGUAAAUUUGCCAAAUGGAUUGUUUUCACAGUCCACUCUCAAACUGUUAGUAUGCUAAUCUUCUCCAUAAUUUAGGAUAAGUGAUCUUUAAAUAUUUUUAAUGUUUUUGUAUUAGUUUUUUUUACUUGAACACCAUAAACAACAUCUCUGCGAACACAUUUGUAUAUUGAGUCAGAAUGUCCCAUAGCUGUCGUCUGCUUUGUGGUUUUUUAAUGAGCUGCAUCGGCUGGACUGGUAUUAUAAUAGCGACCUCAACAAACGACUGGGUGGUGACCUGUAAAUACGGCAUGCACACCUGCAGGAAGAUGGAUGAGCUGGAGACCAAGGGCUUGUGGACAGAGUGCGUCAUCUCUACUGCUCUCUAUCACUGCCUCUCACUCAACCAGAUCCUCGAUAUACCAGCUUACAUCCAGACGUCUCGCGCUCUGAUGGUCUCCUCCUCUCUGCUCGGUCUGCCGGCUCUGGCGCUCGUGUUGCUGGCGAUGCCAUGCGUCAAACUGAGCCAAGAGACUGAAGACACUAAACACAGACGCGCAGUCCUGGGAGGACUUCUUAUACUGUUCAUAUCUCUGUGUGGGAUGGUGUCGACGGUGUGGUUCCCCAUCGGAGUGCUUCACGAGGACGGCCUGAUGUCGUUCGGAUUCUCCCUGUAUGCUGGCUGGGUCGGUUCAGCCCUUUGUUUUUUUGGCAGCUCGGUGAUGAUUUGUUGCUCAAGGGGCGACAGCCCAAGUCAAAAUCCCGAAAACCGCUACUACUACUCAAAACACAGCGGAGUUACCAACUCCGGCCCUCCUACUAACAGCCAUGCCAAGAGCGCACAUGUGUGAAUGUGAAGACACACUGGAUAAGAGCGCAGGCUCCUUACCUCAAGAUUUGAACACACACCAAUCAAAUAUGUGAAGAAUUUGUUUUCUACUGCCAUGGUUUGACUGCAAACAUGUGAAGAUUUGGCGGGGACAGAGAAUUCGGUGGAAACUGUUGAACAUUAAAGGCUUUGUUUGAACAGACACUGAAAAGAAUUCAAAGGGAAACAGUUCUUGAUUCCCUAGGCAUGUUUUUUCAUGGACGUUUGUGAGUCAAAGUAUUUACACAGUAUUCAUUUCGCUCCUAUAUUUUUUCAGUGACUUUCUUUUUAACUUUUUUUUUUUUACUUGUGUAAAAGUUGUGCAUUUAAGCUUAUUAGUUAAUGCCAGCAUUUAGGAAAGCAUGCACACCCGGACAGACAGAUAGACAGACGAACAGGAAAUGACCAGAUGUCAUCUGCACUGUUUUCCUGAUCUCCUCACAGCUUCCUGCACACAACCUCCUAGGAAAUCAGCAUUUGAAAUUUGAGAAAAAAUAUCUGUAAGAGGAUAACCGGUCAUUUUUCUGGUCUCAUAUGGUUGGUGAUUGAUUUAUUGGGGUAAUGUAUUAUUUUAUGCUCUGUUUGGGGGUUUGAAGACAUAAAUCUACCGUCCACUGUUAUUUAUGCAUAUUGCUUGUUCAAAUUGUCAUGCCAUCUCAUGUUACACAAAUGUAAUGUGUAAAUGAAAACAUGAACUCGCAAAAUAUUUUUAUAGCUGAUGACACAAAAAA